CAAUCAUGCAAAUUAAUCAUGAAUGUACCAAAAAAUAAGAAAUAAAAAAUGAAUCAUGAAUGAAACCAGCUUAGAAGCUAAAAGAAGGGGUUGCAGAAAAGAAAAACACAAAGAGCUCACUUUCACUAUCACCACCACCUUUCCUUCCGAAAAGAAAAAAGGCUCCUGGAAAUAAACAAAUAAAUAAUUAAAAAGAAAGAAGAAAAGAAAAAGAAAAAGUAGUAGUAGAAGAAGAAAGAUCUGAAGUUCUGAACCAAUUCAUUCCUAAUUAGAAAAACCCAGAGAGAGGAGGGUGUGAUUGUUUUUGUUAUGGGGGGAGUGACGUCAUCAAUGGCGGCGAAGUUCGCUUUCUUCCCGCCAAGUCCGCCGUCGUACAAGCUGGUACGGGACGAGAUGACGGGGCUGCUGCUGCUCACGCCGUUUCCACACCGUGAGAACGUGGAGGUGCUGAAGCUGCCGACGCGGCGGGGAACGGAGAUAGUGGCGGUUUACAUUCGGCAUCCAAUGGCCACGUCCACGGUCCUCUCUCUCUCUCUCUCUCUCUCUCUCUCUCUCUCUCUUUCUCUGUGUUGAAUUCACUGCUUUUUGGUGCUUUGCUCUCAUUUUUUCUGGUGGUUGAGUUUCUGUCAAGUUGGCUUUGAAAGAGGAAGAAAUUGAUGAUCAUAUCUGUUAUUUUGAAGAAUUUUCUUGGUUCGGUAAUAUUCAUGGAGUGAUUUUUACUUUUAGCUUUCACAUAUUCAUAAGCACAUUUUACAAUGAAACAUUGAUACUAUAGGUUUGUUAUUUAAGUAUUUUAGCAAAGAAUUCUACAAUAAAUUCUCAAGUCUGGGUAAAUUCUUAAGUCUGGGUAAAUUCUUAAGUCUGGGUUUCUUUCUUAGUGUGCAAAUGACCAGAAUGACAGAUAUCAUGAACCAAGGCUGUAAAUACUAAAAAUGUAGUUGCAUUUAAUAUCUCGUGAAUGUAUUAAUUUCUUAAUACUUUCCCUAUUUAGUAAAUAGAGCUUGGGAGAAUGAUCAGAGUGGUGUUUUUUGGAGGCUAUUUGUGGGUUAUACCUCUGUUGGGUGGAAUCAAUGAAUGGUAAUUCGGACUUCUUGGGGAUGAUUGUUGUCUGUUUUUCAGCUAAAAAGUCUUUGUGUAGUGUUCUGGUAUGAGUGAUGCAUAUUUGAGUUUGAUUUAUAAACUGAAGGACUAAAUUGGGAGACGUGAAAGUUGUGAUCAGUUGGGGAUAUUUCUGAAUGAAUUGUGUUUGUUUGACUUUCAUGUUACCAGGGUUUGUAGGUGUAAUGAUACUAAUUUGUGAACCCUUUUUGCAUAAUCUUUCAAGUGCAUGUUAUCUUUGAAUAUAUGGGAAUCUAGCUUCAGUGUGGUUGGUGUGUUCAGAAUUGCAGUAACCUUUAGUACUGCAGCGCUGUUAAGGUACGACUAUUCUGGAUAUGGACAGUCAUCUGGGAAGCCAAGUGAGCAGAAUACAUAUUCCGAUAUCGAGGCUGCAUACAAGUGUCUACAAGAAAGCUAUGGCACCAAGCAGGAAGAUAUAAUCCUUUAUGGACAAUCUGUUGGCAGUGGCCCUAGUUUGGAUCUUGCAGCUAGGUUGCCUCAAUUAAGAGCCGUUGUUCUGCAUAGUCCCAUACUUUCUGGCUUAAGGGUCAUGUAUCCGGUCAAGCACACAUACUGGUUCGACAUAUAUAAGAAUAUCGACAAAAUUCCACUAGUUAAUUGUCCUGUUCUCAUAAUCCAUGGUACUGCAGAUGAAGUUGUUGAUUGCUCCCAUGGUAAGCAACUCUGGGAACUGUGUAAAGAGAAGUAUGAACCACUGUGGCUCAACGGAGGUAACCACUGCGAUUUGGAGCUAUUUCCUGAGUAUAUUAAGCAUCUGAAGAAGUUCAUAACAACAGUGGAGAAGUCCACAUCCCAACGAUUCUCUUUCCGAAGCACAACAGAUAAGUUCGAGCAGCCUCGAAAGAGUACAGAUAUUUUUGAAGUAACUAGAAAGAGCACUGAUUGCAGAGAAAAGCCAAGGAAGAGCACAGACAGGCCUGAUAAACAGAAAAAUUUGUCCAGUAAUGCUGACAUGUUGGAGAAAUUGAGAAUGUCUUUCGAUAGGAAGGAUAGGUCCCGGAGGAGUGUAGAUUGCCAUGAGAAGUCUCGAAAAAGCAUCGACCAUCAAUUGGAAAAGGCAAGAAAAAGUGUUGAUCGGCUAGACAGAAUAAGGACGGGAUAGAAGGAUAAUUCUUUGUUAUAAUCAAAUUAUAUUGAUGCACGGAUUGGUUUUUUUUUCUUGGAAAAAAAAAGAAGCAAAAUUGUUAUUCUUGUUGUGUACGGACUUAUUGACAGAGAUUGGUAAAUAUUGCUACUCAAGAAAGUUUCUGGUUUUA